AUGAGCUCACAGCGUCUCCCUGGACUUUGGUCGAAUGAGAUUUCUUCGCCCGGUUAUUAUGGCCGAAGCGGAUCUCGCGUCAACGAUGCAGUGAGGCAACAGCAUCUCCGGCAACCCUGUCUAUACUCUCGACCUCCCCAAAGAUUGACCAGUGGACUGUGUAGCCUUUGUUAUUCCUCAAUUAUCAACAGGUGACGGCUAAACCGCCGCAGGAAGAGCUUGCAGAGCAGAGCUUCAGAUAAAUAUCGGGGCGCCUACGAGAGACUAGCACUUCAGUGAAGUGCAACGCUUUGCGCGGGUUGCCAUUUUGUCAAGCCUACCCUCACACGCUCUAGGCUGCUCGAUAGUAAGAACACAGAGCUAGUGGGGCGCCGCAACGUGCAAGCAUGGCGAGCCCUGGCGCUGCGCCGGGCACCUUUAGCUCGUCCCUCGGCGCCAAAGCAUCGCAGCCGGUCAUUACGCUCGUUGACCCAUUAGCGGCGGACGGCGAAGCUGGUCACGGUGCAUCUUGGACAGACGCGUCAUUUGGGCAGCAGCCGCCGUCACCAGGCAUUGUCCCACCGUCACGACCUGAAACGCCGACGACAAUACAUUCUGCUGCCCAAAGGGGAGACUUGGCGACCAUCAAGUCCCUCAUCGAGAGCGGUAGGGCGACCGCGCAGGAUAGAGAUGAGGAAGGGAUCACGCCGUUGCACUGGGCAUCGAUCAAUGCGCAGCUGCCCGUUUGCGUCUACCUGCUUGAUCAGGGUGCCGAUGUCGACGCUCUCGGAGGCGAGCUUGUUGCCAGUCCACUGCAGUGGGCUGCCCGAUCCGGUCACAUCUAUAUCAUUCAUCUGCUCUUAAGCAGAGGCGCAGACCCGCUGCUCAAAGAUGCGCAAGGAUUCAACAGCUUACACCUCGUCACGCAUUCUUCCGCCGUCAUGCCGCUUGUCUACUUGCUGCAACAACCAGCUUUCGGCUCGCAUGCAGAGAGCAAUGAUCGCGAUGCCCUCCCUAACAAAGACGAGGGCAUUGAUGCGGAGGAUGCCCAAGGGCACACGGCGCUUAUGUGGGCCGCAUACCAAGGUGAUGCUAUUUCCGUCGAAUUACUCAUUUUGCACGGGGCCUCUCUCUACACACAAGACCAUCUCGGGCUCAGCCCGAUGCACUGGGCCGUUGUCAAGGGCAAUAGGCUUUGCAUUCGGCAGCUCGCGGUAGCUGGAGCUGAUAUGAGCAUGAAGCAGAAUGAAGGCAAGACCCCAAGAGAAAUGGCAAUCGAAUUGAAGUCCUUACCUUCGCUCGAGAAGGCACUUGCCGAUGCAGGAUAUUGCGCAGAUGGCAGCAAGCGGCGGGGGCCACUGAAUCCACGCAACACCAAGGUCGCCAUCUUGCUCCUACCCUUCUUCUUCCUCGGGUUGAUCUUUUGGACGUUUUCCAUCUUGCCGUGGUACACCGGUCUUCUGCUUGCGAUGGCAGAAUUCUUUUGCAUGCAUCAUAUUAUUACUCGGGUGCUGCUAGACCCCCAAGAGGCAGAAUUUAUGCAGAAGUCGCCUUACUUUCUGGCGAUUGUCAGCGACAGUAUCGCUUGGGUCGGGAUAGAAUGGGGUGUCAAGCUCGUCAGAGGCACGCCCGGAUUGGCGAUCUGGAACCUCUUCUUCUUUAUCGUCUUCCUUCUCUGCAGUUGGAACCUUCUCCUCGCGGCAAGCAUGGAGCCUGGCUAUGCGCUGCAACCGCAGACCGAGACGGAAAGGCGGCUGCUUGUCGAACAGCUUUUGGAAGAGUACAAGCUCAACGGGCAAAACUUCUGCGUCAUCUGCAUGUGCAGACGUCCGUUAAGAUCGAAGCAUUGCAAGCUCUGCAAGCGAUGCGUCGCCCGACACGACCACCAUUGCCCCUGGGUGUCGAAUUGCAUCGGCGCAGAGAACCACCGACAGUUCCUCGUCUUCAUUGCUUCGCUCGUCGUCGGCAUCAUAAUCUUCCUCUACCUGAGUUAUGCCUAUUACGCCGCCAACUUACCAGCCGACACGUUACCCGUCUCCAGCUGCAUCUUACCCGCUUCAAUAUGCGCAGCCACAUCAUGGGACACGUUCCUUUUUGCGACAAGUGCAUGGGCAGCGCUACAGCUCAUCUGGACAAUCAUCCUGCUUGGCGCGCAAUUAUUGCAGAUUUCGCGGCAAAUGACCACAUUAGAAGUCAGCAAUCUAGGUCGCUACGGUUACAUGGGUGGGAAAGGCGGCAGCUCGAUGGUCACGCAGUCCAAUUUCAUGGCGCAGCGCGCAGCCGCACUUGGCGCUGCUGGCAGUCUCGCUGCUGCAGCCGGCGGGCAUGAAGAUAGCGAUGGAGACGGAGUGGCCGGCCGGGGGAGCCACGGUGCUCAUGGCGGUCACCGCGGCGGCAAGCGUUGCUUCCUUGACGUUCUCUGCGGCGCCAGCAACUGCCUGCUUAGCGUCGUCGGACUGGACCUCUACACACGCGGGAAAGCCGGUGAAGGUCUGAAGCGCGCAUCCGCCGCCGGAAAUCCAUUCGACAAGGGUGUGCUCGCGAAUUGCAAAGACUUCUGGACGCGCGGUCGCGAGCUUGGGGUGCGGUACGAAGAGCUGUAUGACAUUCCAGUCGGCGGGUUCCAAAGCUCUUCCUACGCCUCAGCUUCAGCAGUUCGCCUCCCGGACGAUGGACCAGGCGGCACGGGCCGUCGCUGGAGCAUGUGGAGCGGUCUGAAGCAGGGGCUGGGAGGGCGUGGCAGCCGUGCUCGCGGAGAAUACGAAGCAGUCUCAGAUCAAGCAUGAAGCAUGUACCUUCCCCCGACCAUGCACGGACAUUUCGCAUACGUUCACAAUUGCACAAGCCAUGGCAAAGGGUACUGUAUCAUAAUCAAGGUUUU